AUCGUUUGUACUUUGUGAAGGCUUGCUGAAGUCCGCUGCGGGUGCUCUAAAACACCGUUAUAAACAGGAAGUUCUCUUGUUGAACUCGAGGAAUAUAAAUCAAGCUGUGUUCGUCGCUGGUCUGAGCGUUAAGAACAUCGAAUUUCGGAUAGAAUUGGCUGUCAAAUGAGCAAGUCAGACAUGCGCAACCGAUUCUCUGGCAAGGAGAAGACGAAAACAGACGCCGGUGUUGAAGAUGUGCCGACGGCGAGCUCUCAAAUCAUUCCUGCUGAUGAAAAUGAGGGACUCGUUGCUUUUCUCACCCAACCACAAGAUCCAGCGAAUCUUGGGAUAUUUCGAAUAUUGUUUGGUAUUCUGAUGAUGAUUGACAUCCCCCAAGAAAGAGGUAUGUCAACGGUUGCCAAUCGCUGGGAAGACUCAACCAUGUGUUUCUUUCCGCUAUUUGAUUGGCUAAAACCUCUGCCUGUUGAUUGGAUGUAUGUUGUCUACCUUGUCAUGUUUCUGGCCGCGUUUGGAAUUGCAGUAGGCUGGUGCUACAGAUCGAGUUGUGUUCUGUUCAUCGUGACGUAUUGGUAUAUAUUUUUCUUGGAUAAAACUGUCUGGAAUAAUCAUUCAUACCUGUACGGUCUCAUAUCGAUAAUGUUACUAAUGACUAAUGCCAACAGAUAUUGGUCUAUUGAUGGUUAUUUUGAUGAAUCAAUCAGAAACACUUGUGUGCCGAGAUGGAACUAUUGGUUGAUAAAAUUCCAGAUUUUCCUGGUCUACUUCUUCGCUGGGGUCAAGAAAUUAGACAUGGACUGGAUUUCAGGGUACUCCAUGACUGGGCUGUCCAAAAAAUGGGUUUUCGAUCCAUUUCGCAUGUUUGCGUCUGACGAGUUCAUCGAAUUAUUCAUGGUUCAUAUUUGUGGAUUAAUGUUCGACCUCUCGGAAGGAUUUCUCUUGCUGUUUGAUAAAACACGACCUGUAGGUCUAUUCUUUGGAUCUAUGUUUCAUCUGAUGAAUUCCCAAAUGUUUCACAUCGGGAUGUUUCCGUGGGCCAUGCUCGCGACAAUGCCCUUCUUCUUUCGUUGUGAUUGGCCAAGACGUUUGUCCCGCGCGAUGCCCGCGUGUUUCGUGUACUUUCUCCCACUACAAGAUGAUCCCAAAGUGGACGCACGCUUUACCACGGGAAAGCUUCAAAACAGGAAUGCAGUUGCUCAGCAACCAGGUGACGAAUGCGAGGAACGUUAUGUAUACAUUAGGAAAGCGUUUUUGAUUGGUUUAGCAAGCUUUUACGUCGCGAUUCAACUUUUUCUACCCUGGUCACAUUUCAUUACACAGGGAUACAAUGCCUGGACAAACGGACUUUACGGGUAUUCAUGGGAUAUGAUGGUACAUUCGUGGAGCACACAACAUAUUCGCGUUACAGUUGUUGACGUUGAAACAGAUAUGUCGCACUUUCUCAUUCCCGGGGUGUGGAUUGCUGGUCGAUCUCGGAGGCGAUCACGCUGGUCCUCGCAUCCCGAUAUGACGAAGCAAUACGCGACGUGUCUCGCGAGGAAACUGCGCGAUCACGCAGCAAUCAACAUCAGCAAUCCCGCGAUAUACUUCGACAUUUGGCGCUCGAUGAACGGGCGGUUUCAGCAACGUAUGUUCGACCCCAGAGUCGACAUCGUGAAAGCCCCGUGGUCGCCAUUCAAGAAAACAGAAUGGGUUCUGCCAUUGAUGAUCGAUCUCUCGCCUUGGAGAACUAAACUAAACGAGAUGGAAAAGGAAAUGUCGAGAAAAAGCAAUUACACUGAAGUUGUGUUUGUCGCAGAUUUUCCAGGGCUUCAUUUGGAAAAUUUCGUAAAGGAAGAUUUGAACACAUCGAUAACGGUUCUCGAGGGAAAAGUGAUCGUGGAACAAGGGGGACACAAUGUGACUUUAGAGAAGAAUGGGGUUCAUACGGUACAUUCCAAUGAUACCCACAUUGUUCAUACAGUGUCCCAGGUGCCCUCUUGCUGGAUGUACGUGUACACAAAUACGACUUUGGCUAACAACGUCACCUUGCAAGACAUUGAAAAUGAACACAGGAUGGCCUUUAAAAGAAACGCUAGUAUGUGGGAAAACCUGACAGUGGUUGAAAAGUUUGAAUAUUUCAUGAUGAAUAAGAUGCACAUAUUUGGAGGAAGCUUUAGAGAUUCAUUUUAUGCUGUUAAAAAUAUUGUUUAUGGUCAUGAGGUGAACAACGAUGAUAUUGAUCAUGAUGACGUUGGAACAAACGAGAAUGAAAAAGACGAAGGUGAAUUGUAAAGAUAUGCGGUUACUUAAAUACACUCAUUCAAUAAUGGUGAAAUACUUUAAAUGUUUUGUGCAAAUGAGUAAAUUUAGUUCAGAGAUCUUCAUAGCAACCUACCAUGCAAGCUAGAAUUCGUAGCCUGUCUGUACGUAGUUUAGUUAUACUUUGCUGUUCAUAAAAAUAUUUUAAAACACACACAUAAAUAGUUAAUAGACGUUGAUUUUCCACUUCAAACUUUUAAU